AUGGAAUUUAUUACAGCAUUUUCAGGUCCUCCGCCGCCUCCAGACCCAGGGUAUGUGAGUGUUCCUGGCGUAGGAUACUACCGCAUUCACAAGGAACUGCACACAUGGGCAGAGGCGAAGGCGAUUUGCGAAGCAGAGGGCGGCCAUUUGCUCAUCAUCAACUCGGAGGCAGAGGACAAAGCGAUUCAGCAAUUGUUGAAGCAAGAACAGAAUAUUCCCAGAUUUAUGUUUAUAGGAUUCAACGACAUGAACAAAGAGGGCUCCUACAUCACAAUUUUUGGGGAUCCGGUGUCUGCCGGUUAUGCACGUUGGAAUCCUGGUCAACCAGACAAUGGAGGAAAUGUUGAAGACUGCGGGUCCAUAUACACGGAUACAGUAGGUCUCAACGACCUUCCGUGCAGUUCAAAAGUGGGCUUCAUUUGCGAGCAACGCCGCUGGAGCGUGAACACGGUGCCUGUUGGCGUGCGCAGAAGGCGCGAGGCGUGGGCGCUGGCACUGUUGCUGGCGUGCGUGGCGAGGCGGGGGCUAAACGAAGGAUUGCUCUAG